CAGCUUGUAGGCUGCUUUUCAGUGUCAUAGCAACCAGCGUAGAUCUCAGCCGUCAACAUGGCCAAAGCGACGACUGUGAAAGAGGCACUAGUCAAACUGGAGGAGAAAUCAGGGGAGAAAGUGAGCGAGGCUAAAGCCAUAAAACUGUAUGGCCAGAUUCCUCCGAUUGAGAAGAUGGAUGCAUCUCUCUCCACACUCACCAACUGCGAGAAGCUGUCUCUAUCCACCAACUGCAUUGAGAAAAUAACCAAUCUCAACGGCCUGAAGAACUUGAAGAUAUUGUCAUUAGGAAGAAAUAAUAUAAAGACGUUAAGUGGGCUGGAAGCAAUAGGAGACACAUUAGAGGAGUUGUGGAUCUCCUAUAACUUGAUAGAGAAACUGAAGGGAGUCCAGUGCAUGAAGAACCUCAGAGUCCUCUACAUGUCCAACAACUUGGUCAAAGAAUGGGGGGAGUUUGUGAGGCUGGCUGAACUACCAUGCCUUGCAGACCUGGUGUUUGUUGGAAAUCCUCUGGAGGAGAAACAUUCAGCUGAGGGAAGCUGGAUGGAUGAAGCCACUAAAAGACUACCGAAUCUAAGGAAACUAGAUGGAACCCCAGUCAUCAAACAGGAAGAAGAUGAGGGAGCAGGAGAGAGCUGAAAAGCACAACUAUCUCCAAAACUAAAACUGUCUUCCUCAAGAGACUUUCCUUUUAAGUUUUAUGUGGUUUGUAAUGGUGCUUUCCUUUAUAUAAAAUGGGACUUUGUUACAGACUAUUAACAAGCACAAAACAACCAACAAAUACACAGAAUGUGUAUGUUUUAGAUUUGAAAAGGUUUUGUGGCUUUAGGACCAGAAAGCGGUUUUAAUGUGAAACUACAAGCACUUUUGCUAUUUACAGUAUUUUUUGGUACUGUCAAACUUUGAAGGAUAUUCAAGCUUAAUUACUGUAGUUUACUGAAAACUUAUGUAGCCGAAAAAUGCAACUAAUUUACACUGUGUUUGUUUUUACGGUGCCCUUGAUUUAUAUGAUUCAUUGUGUUUUAGCAAGAACUGAAGCACAGCGUAUCACAGUCACACAAAUAAGCAGAGACAUCUGUGUGGACCAGAUCAUCUUGGAGCUCCAUGAUGCACAUUCCUCUUUCCAUAACAUCACCAUGGAGCAAUGGCCAAAGGACAGAAACUGUAGGUUAAUGUUGGGUCUGUAGUUUCCAUAUUGUUCCUGUUCUAUUAAAUAUGAUACAAAGAUUAA